CAAAUGUCCAUUUUGGAUUUUGUGUUUAAGUAGCCAGAAAAAGAAAAUUGUUUGCCUGAUAUGAGGUUUAAUUUGACUGAACUUUUACAUUUCACUCUUAAAGGGGCAGCUGAAUAUGGUAUAACAGGUGGCCAAGUUGCAGAACCGCAUUCCAGACCCUACAUGGCGUCACUCCAGAUUCAAGGACAGCAUGUAUGUGGUGGGAUGCUUAUUCGGAAGGACUAUGUUCUAACCGCAGCACACUGCAAAGACUGUUACCAAGACAUCACGGUCGUCCUGGGGGCUCAUAACAUCAGCAGGAAGGAGGGAAGCCAACAAAGGAUUAAUGUGAAGAAGUACCAUGUACAUCCGCAAUUUAAAGCCAACCAAUACGAGUAUGACAUUAUGCUGCUUAAGUUGGAAAAAAAUGCCAAAGUCAACAACAAUGUAAAGACAAUUGAUUUAGCAACAAAAAGCGAGGACAUUCCUGCCAACACAAUUUGUGACGUGGCUGGCUGGGGAAGAACUGGACCAACCAAACCCGUUUCUGAWGUUCUGAUGGAGACCACAGAGAGCAUCCAAUUCAGCUUUGAGUGCAAACGUGUCUGGGAAACGUAUUUCAAUUCCACACAUAUGAUCUGCACCAAGUUUAACAAAAAGACGGGAGGAAUAUGUCAGGGAGAUUCUGGGGGACCUCUUAUUUGCAACACCARGGUUCAAGGAAUAGCUGCUUUUACUGCAGAAAAAGAAUGUGAUGACCCAAAGCGUCCACAUGUCUUCACUAAAGUCCGUUCCUUUCUGCAGUGGAUCAAAAAUGUGAUGAAAGGCUGAAUCAACCUCAUUUAACGGAAAGUUUAGUCAAAUCUACGUGUCGAAACCUGAUAGAAGUGUUUUGUUUGUGGACAA